CCUAGGUUCCGAAGCAACCAAAAGUUCAGACAGAACUCGAAGCAAACAUUAGUAUUGACAGUCAGAGAACAUGGCUGAUGUCAAGGAGACUCCGGUUGAGACGACAGCAACUACUGAGGCUUCUGCGGCUGCCCCGGAAACUCCAGCAGCUGCACCAGCAACAGAAGUUGUAACAGCGACCGAAGCUGCACAUCCUCCAACGGAGCCAACGCCUAGUGGUGAAGCGCCUGCUACUAAGGACGAAGCGCAACCGCCUGCUGAGCACAAAGCCCAACCGCCUGCUGAGAACGAAGCGCAGCCGCCCACCACGAACGAAGCGCAAGCGCCGGCCACGAAUGAAGCGCAACCGUCUACAACGGACGAAACGCAACCACCUACGAAGGAUGAAGCACAAGCACCUGCAGCCGUGGGUGAUGGCUGGCCAACGCUCGACGCCGAACAUCCCCUCCAUAAAUUUCUUCAACUCCUGCCCGAAAUACUAAAGGAAUGCGAAUACACGGAGGUCUACGGCGUUACGCUAAAACCAGAGGGCAAUUUUCACACCAAACUCAUUCUUCAGAAAUUCCUUCGCGCCAAUGCCAAUGACCUUGGAAAGGCAAAAGACCAGCUCACCAAGACGUUGAAAUGGAGAAAGGAAUUUCAGCCGCUCAAGGUCAAGGAUGAAGUUUUUUCCCAGAAGAAAUUCGGCGGCCUCGGCUACAUCCUCAAACUCACCGGCGUUCCGGAGAGCAAGAACGAGGUGGACGUGUGCACGUUCAAUAUAUAUGGCGCUGUCAAGGACAACAAAGAAACUUUUGGCGAUCUAGAUGCGUUCAUCAAGUGGAGAGUUGCGCUUAUGGAGCGAUCUGUGCACGAACUGGGCCUUGCAAAUGCUACGAAGCCUAUUCCUGAUUAUGGUCAGGGUCCUGACCCAUACCAGGGAUUUCAGGUCCACGACUACAUGAAUGUGAGCUUCCUAAGGCAGGACCCGUUGGUCAAAGCGGCGAGCAAGAAAGCAAUUGAGGUUUUUGGCGCCUACUAUCCCGAAACCAUGAGCCGCAAGUUCUUCGUCUCCGUGCCCUUGAUCAUGUCGUGGAUGUUCACUGCUAUGCGAGUUUUUAUAUCCAAAGAAACGCAGAAGAAGUUCACAGUCAUGAGCUAUGCUACCUCGCUUGCAGGGGAACUUGGCGAGUCCGUUCCGCAGGCAUACGGUGGUAAGGGUGAGCCACUAGACAAGAUUGGACAAACUGUGAAGACGGAGUAAGAUACCCUACUUUUUUGUUUUAGAUACUUAGGUGAGCCGUUGCAGAAUUAAGAGUUAGUUUGACUUGCUGUUCGGAUAUUAUACUCAAGAGCACAUAUAUGUUUGUCUACACUCUUUGUAUCAUAAAUAGUCGCUUAAUAAAGCUAUUUCUAGGACCAAGA